AUGAGUCCUGUGGCUUCAACAAGGUGGUGUCCGACGCCUGAGCAACUUAUGAUCUUGGAGGAGAUGUACCGGAGUGGUAUAAGGACUCCAAACGCGGUGCAGAUACAACAGAUCACAGCUCACUUGGCUUUUUAUGGUCGGAUCGAGGGUAAGAACGUCUUUUACUGGUUUCAGAACCAUAAGGCUAGAGAUAGACAGAAGUUGAGGAAGAAACUGGCUAAGCAACUUCAUCAACAGCAACAUCAGCUUCAACUACAGCUUCAGCAAAUCAAACCAAAACCAAUCUCACCGAUGAUGUCGUCUCAACCGGUUAAUAAUAAUAAUAUCAUUCAUGAUCAUCACAAUCCUUACCAUCAUCAUCACCAUCAACAUCGUUCAUAUGAUCAUAUGUCCUUCUCUUGCUGUUCUCACCCUUCUCCCAUGUGUGUUCCUCAUCAGGGAAAUGGAGGAGAAGCUCAGAGCAAAGUGAUGAAUGAGUAUUAUUGCACCAAAAGUGGAGGUGAAGAGAUGUUGAUGCAAAAACCAAUCACGGGUCCAAACUCAACAACGUACGGUCGAGAUUGGAUGAUGAUGAUGGAUAUGGGCCCAAGACCAUCAUAUCCCUCAUCAUCAUCAUCAUCAUCACAACACAUUCCAUCAUGUUGCAACAACAUGAUGAUGAUGAGUAGUGCAAAGAUACCAUUGAAAACCCUUGAACUUUUCCCAAUCUCAUCCAUCAACUCAAAACAACAAGACAGCACCAAACUUUAAAGAAAAGACAACAAAUACAAAAGAGAUUCUGCAGGUGUUUCAUUCAUGUAUCAGUACUGUUAUGUUGAUGAUGUGUCAAAAAGGCUAAGAAGAAAACACGUGUACUUGAAGGGUAAAGUAAUAGCCGUUGGAUACAUACAGUUCGUUGAAUAACUACACCUCUCUGAUCUCUAUCUCUCUCCCCCUUUCAUAUGUCUCUAU